AUGGAUAGUUUUAUCUACGCUCUUCUAGAGAUUCUACCCGUUGCAGAAGAGCCACAAAAUACUGGGGAGGUGCCAGUUUGUGUGAAUCCUACUGCCAACUACCCACUGUACCCACAAGAUGACACUCAACUUUCCUGUAUUGCCCACCAGACCAGCAUUAAAAACUCUUACAUCAGCACCUGUAGUGCCCCCUCCCUACUAUCCUGUACCACCUUUGGCAAAUAUGAAGGUAGCUAUGGACCCUCCUAUGUCCGAAAAAGGAAUGAGCGAGAGAGGAAGAGAGUGAAAUGCGUCAAUGAGGGCUACACCAAGCUCAGGAGACAUCUGCCCCAGGAAUAUGUGGAGAAACGUCUCAGCAAGGUGCAGACCCUCAGAGCAGCAAUCUGCUACAUCCGCCACCUACAAGAGGUCCUGAGUAGAGGGCAGGGAGCAGAUCCAAGGGAUGUCAUGCAGGAACCCCUCAGUGGAAGAUAUGCAUCUAAUGGGCAACAGAAGGGGUCUUCCCGAGUCUAG